CGUCUGGGGCUCCAAAUCGUAGAGACUCAAAGGACCAGACAGGAGGCGCCAUGCAGAAGCGGGCAUUAAAGGGAGAGGCACAGUCCAGCCUCAUCCACAGGGGCUGGUCACUUCGCAGCCCCUGUGACCGGCGCCCUGCAAAGCACGGGCUCCGUGUUGCCAGAUCUUCUGAUUUUUCAAAUCUUUUUACAAGAGACUCUCAAUUUGUAAGUGUUAGUCAUUAAUUUUAAACCGUUUUUAAAACACCAGGAACCAAACACAAUCAUCGAGAUGUUGGAGUUGGCAGGCGGCUGGCGCUUUGGGCUGGGCAAGGCUGGCUUGGGCGGGAGCUGCAGCCCUCUGCGGGUCAGAGGAGUGAGUCCUCCGUGGGCCUGAGAAGUCCACCAGGUCGGGGUUGAGGUUCCGCAGGGGAGAAGCUGUGAACCUGCCCCGGGCCCAGCCAGGUUGCUGCCUGUCUUGAGGGUCCAAGGCUGGGGACACUCCAGAAAAUAGAAGAGCAAUGGUAUCCGUAGGGUGGGAGCUGGGGGAGGAGCGGGGCCACACCAUUCCUGAGUGGGGCUGCACCCAGGCUGAAAAAGGGCGCGACCUCGGUGGCAGCAAGAGCUCACCAUCAGACUCUGCUGGGUUCCCUGGGGGUGGAUGCACACAGAUUUGGGGGAGGGCCGCAGGUGGCCCCUGAGCCCACUGACCUCACCUUCUCACAGCUCCGACAGCGACCACCUAUGGCUUCUGCCUUCCCUUCCCAGAGGCGGACCCUCCCCACGUCCUGAUCCCGUCCCUCCCGGGGAUCCGCGCUCCUUAUUGUACUCACUCAGGUACCCGGCCCACUGGCUCCUUCAGUCCUCGUCCUCCCCCAUUCCGGGGUACCCUCCCCGACGCUUACCCAGCGUUGGCCCUGCCCGCACUAGUGGCCCAGGAAGCAGGGCCGGUGAGCUGUGGACCCCGGGCCCACUGGUUCCAGUCUGGGCGAUCCAUCAGCGGCCAGGGAUCGCCCCACCUCGUCUGAGUCUCACAGCACGCUGGCCAGAGGGACGCCUCCACGAGACCCCGUAGGGGGUCAUCGCCUCCCUCCAUCGUCGUGGGGCCUGGGGAGGGUGCCGAGGGCAGGUCUGGCAGCCAGCAGCCGCUCCCUGGAUCAUGGUCGGAUGAGGAAGGGGAGCCGGGUUUCGGGACGGGGCGCGCGCGCUCAGGGCCGCGGGACCUCGCGCACGUCUCAAGGGGCAGAGGGCGCCGGGGUCCCCAGGGGUGGGGCCGGCGUCUCCAGGGCAGGGGGAGCUGCGGUGCCCAGGGGUGGAGCAGCAGGGUCCCUCAGGGUGGGGCCGGGGUCUCGGGGCAGGGGGCGCUGCGGCCCCCAGGGGUGUGGCUGGGGUCUGGAGGCAGGGGGCGAUGGGGUCCCCAGGGGUGGGACCGGGGUCUCGGGGCAGGGGGCACCGGGGUCCCCGGGGUUGGGGUCUCGGGUCAGAGGGCGCUGCGGUCCCCAGGCAUGGGGCACUGAAGUCCCCCGGGGCGGGCCGGGGCCGAAGGCUCCCCCGCACGCGCGGAGCUUCCUUUGCCCCCACGCACGCCCCCUGCGGGAGCCGCGCUCGACCCCGCGUGACCGGAAGUGCCCCCCCCGUGUGCGCGGGCGGGGCGGGGCCGGCGGCGGCACUUCCGGUGCCCACGCGCCGCCGCCGCGCAGCUCUGGGGCCGUCACUUUGUGUAGCGCGGGGCGCGCAGGCCCGACCCGGCCCGGCCCGGUGGUGGCGGCGGCGGCUCGGCUCGGCCGGCGCGCGAUGUCCUGGACUGAACGAGGGUAGAGGAGAUGUGGAGGGUAGUGUGUCGUCAGGCCUCUUCCCUGCUGCCUCUCACAGGAAGGAGCCUCAUCUGCUGGCUGCCCAGAGCAGGCCCCCUGCGCAGGGGUGAACGAGCCCUGGUCCUACCUUUCACCUCGCCCCACCCCAUCACACUGCGCACGUGCCCGCGGCCUGCGCGUGCUUAGCUCUGUCCUCCAACGCUCCCUGCUGGACGAGCUCAUGUGUGCUGAGAACUAGGCCGAGCUGAGGCUUGCUUCCAGAGAAGAUGGCAGCCCUUCACACGGCUCCAGACUCCCCAGCUGCCCUGCUGGAGAGGGCCGAGCAUGGGUCGGAAUGUGAUCCUGAUCAGGAGGAAGAGGAGGAGGAGGAGAUAGCGGUGGAAGAAGCGGAGGACGAGGCUGUGGAGGAGCUGGAAGCGGAGGCGGCAGAGGGGCAGGUGGAGGUGGAGGAGGCCGAGGGUGUAGCAGAGGUGGUGGCAGAGGAGCAGAGUGAGGCGCUGGGGACCCAGGAGCACCUUGGCUGUGGUGGUCACACCAAGUCCCCAGGUCUUCAGGAAAAGGCCCUGCAGGCCUCUCAGGUGCCAGCCACACCUAGGGACGAGGACCUGGAGGAGGACGAAGAGGAGGAGGAGGAGGAGGAGGAGGAUGACGACGAUGAUGAUUCCCUGACAGCGGGGUCUCAGGGGCUGGUGACUUUUGAAGAUGUGGCUGUGUACUUCUCCCUGGAGGAGUGGGAGAGGCUGGAUGCAGCUCAGCGGGACCUCUACAAGGAAGUGAUGCAGGAGAACUAUGGGAUCCUGGUGUCCUUGGGAUACCCAAUCCCCAAGCCAGAUCUGAUCUUCCGGCUGGAACAAGGAGAAGAACCUUGGGUCCCAGAUAGUCCCCGUCCUGAGGAGGGAGACAUUGUCACUGGCGUCUACACAGGGGCCUGGUUCUGGACCGACGACAUAGAGGACCACGAGGAGGAAGACGACGAGGACUUCCUGGCGGAGGUGGCUGAAGAGGAGAACGAACCCCCCGGACUGUGGUCCGCGGCGUACGGCGUGGGAGACGUGCCUGGGACGUGGGGCCCGGACGACUCGGAUUCAGCGCAGACUCCGGAGGGGUGGGGACCCGACCCCGGCGGCCUCGGGGUCCUGGCGGAGGGGUCCGAGGCCAAGCCCUUCCUGCCGGGCCGGGAGCCGGGCGCGAACCUGCUGGCGCCCUGGGCGUUCCCAGCCGCCCUGGCCGCUCCAGACGGGCGGCCCGAGACCACGUGCGACGUGUGUGGCAAAGUGUUCCCGCACCGGUCCCGGCUGGCCAAGCACCAGCGCUACCACGCGGCCGUCAAGCCCUUCGGCUGCGACGAGUGCGGCAAGGGCUUCGUGUACCGCUCGCACCUGGCCAUCCACCAGCGCACGCACACCGGCGAGAAGCCCUUCCCGUGCCCCGACUGCGGCAAGCGCUUCGUCUACAAGUCGCACCUGGUCACGCACCGGCGCAUCCACACGGGCGAGCGGCCCUACCGCUGCGCCUUCUGCGGCGCGGGCUUCGGGCGCCGCUCGUACCUGGUCACGCACCAGCGCACGCACACGGGCGAGCGGCCCUACCCGUGCCCGCACUGCGGCCGCAGCUUCAGCCAGAGCUCGGCGCUCGCGCGGCACCAGGCGGUGCACACGGCCGACCGGCCGCACUGCUGCCCCGACUGCGGCCAGGCCUUCCGCCUCCGCGCCGACUUCCAGCGCCACCGGCGCGGCGGCGGCUGCGCGGAGCCCGGCGGCGACGGCCCUCGGCGGGAGCCCUGCGAGCCGGGCCCCGCGGCGGGGCCCGAGGAGGCCGAGGCCGGGCCCGAGGAGCCUGAGGCCAGCGAGGCGGACGGAGAGGCCGAAGCCGAGGCCAGAGAGGCUUCGGCGGCGGAGGAGGCGCCCACCCCCGGGGGCAAGGAGGACCCCGAGCCCGACAGGCGGUUCCUGGAGCUGGGCAACGGCCUGGGGGAGGGCGAAGGCCCUUCUUCGCACCCGCUCGGCUUCCACUUCCCCGUGCACCCCAAGUCUUGGCUCCACCCGGACGGCUUCCCGAUCCUGGGCCUCCCGGACUUCGGGGAGCGGCUGCCGGCCGACGGGCGCCCCCUGCCCGGGCCCCUGGGGGCGCGGCUCUCCCUGGUGGAGGGCGCGGGGCUGGCCUGCGACCCUUUCGGCGGCGGUGGCGGCGGGCCCGGGGGCGGCGGCGGCCUGCGCGCGUUCGGGCCCGCCGUCGGGGGGCUGCUGGCCGAGCCGGCGCCCGCUGCGCUGGCCGAGGAGGAGAGCCCGUGGAUCUGCUCCGACUGCGGCAAGACGUUCGGGCGCCGCGCCGCGCUGGCCAAGCACCAGCGCUACCACGCGGGCGAGCGGCCGCACCGCUGCGCCGACUGCGGCAAGAGCUUCGUGUACGGCUCGCACCUGGCGCGCCACCGGCGCACGCACACGGGCGAGCGGCCCUUCCCGUGCCCCGAGUGCGGCGCGCGCUUCGCCCGCGGCUCGCACCUGGCGGCGCACGUGCGCGGCCACACCGGCGAGAAGCCCUUCGUGUGCGGCGUGUGCGGCGCGGGCUUCAGCCGGCGCGCGCACCUGACGGCGCACGGGCGCGCGCACACGGGCGAGCGGCCCUACGCGUGCGGCGAGUGCGGCCGGCGCUUCGGGCAGAGCGCGGCGCUGACGCGGCACCAGUGGGCGCACGCCGAGGAGAAGCCGCACCGCUGCCCCGACUGCGGCAAGGGCUUCGGCCACAGCUCGGACUUCAAGCGGCACCGGCGCACGCACACGGGCGAGAAGCCCUUCCGCUGCAGCGACUGCGGCCGCGGCUUCGCGCAGCGCUCCAACCUGGCCAAGCACCGGCGCGGCCACACGGGCGAGCGGCCCUUCCCGUGCCCCGAGUGCGGCAAGCGCUUCUCGCAGCGCUCGGUGCUCGUGACGCACCAGCGCACCCCCGGUGCUCGCCCCCUGGCCUCGGGCUUCCCUCCUGCCCGGCGCACGGAGCCGGGCCGCCGAGCUCGAGCCUCAGAAAGGGCCAAGGGCAAGGUGGGCUAG